CCGCCUCAAGGUUUUAGUCAAUCGCCGAAUGGACAGAUCUCAUCGUUUGAAUGUAUGAUUAAUUUAUAUAAUUAUUUUUCUAUGAAUGAAGCUUGUCUAGUGAAAGCUAAACCCUAAACCUUGGGUUCUUGUUGACGACUAUGCGGGGAGUCCCGGGAUCAAUGUUUUAGGAUCGCGGCUCUCACUGCAGCAAAUCUCAGGGGCUCCUUCGAAGCAUUGCUCCAAUGCUGCGGCGUGAAUCGCACGUUCUGCGUAGAAUGGAGGCGAGAAGUUUAUGAAGCGCUUAUUGAAGAAGGUAGGUUUAGAGAGGCGUGUGAAUUGUGAGAAGGGAUAGUAGGAUGGGGAGGCGCGAGAAUUUGCGGGUGGCAGGGGGGAAGCCAGGGCCAUCUGACCCUCACCUUCUGAACAGACUAGAAGAGUUUGGUCAGAAGAAUCCAUUGAACGACAUGGACGCUGCGCUUGAGUAUUUGCGACGGUAUUAUCCCGAGUAUCGCCGCAAACCGGCAAUUCCUUUCAAGAAGUACCUUGCGCUACAAGUUCCUGAGGUACGGCGUCGGAUGGAAGCGAAGAAGGAGAAGGCACUAGAGGUCCCUAAGACACCUCGGAGUCGCGCGGAGGAUGAGGAAGAGAGGUUGAAGAAAAGAGAGGAUGCGCAUGUAAAUGAAAUGAACGGAGUAGGUGACAUGAAUGAGGGUCUGGCUUUUGACGUGGAAGAUAUUAACGAAAUGGAUCUGGAUGAUGUGGAAGAAGGGAGAGUGAGAGGGGAGGGCUCCUCUCCAGUGAAAGGAAGCUCGAACAAGGCCGGCGAUGUCGAAGAAGUAGAAAAACCCGCAUUUGCCCCCCUCCAUGUAAUAGCUGCUAAAGCGAAAGCUGCAAUUGGAACGCGAUUGGUGAAGAUCCCACAAGUCCUACCAGAGAUUAGAGAAGGUGGUGCAAAAGAAGAGAGAGAUCUCCCUCUAAUGCAGUUAGGUGGUUGUCCACCCCAAAUCGUGAAGCCAUCCUCUCAAUUCCAGGGAUCCAUCCUUCAGCAAGAGAAUGGGCGACCAUAUCUUGUACUCGCGUCAGCUAACAAAAGUGAGAAACCCAAGCUAAAUGAGGACAAUGCAACCACAAAGGUUCUGCAAGAGAGCAGAAUCAUGCGCAAACGAGAAAGAGAAAUAGAGAAAGCUCGUGCAGGUAGUAAAAAGGGGAAGUGGGCUCACGACAAAAGUGAGAGAGAGGGUGCCGAAGAUGGGUUUGGUAAGGGUACCAGCUCUGCUGCAGCAGUUCCUCGAAAUGUUUCGUUCAAAAAUUUUGGAGGGAUUGAAGGAAUAUUAGGUGACAUUCGAGAUAUAAUAGAGCAACCACUAGCUCAUCCAGAGCUGUAUGAGUGGUUGGGUGUUCAGCCCCCGAGGGGAGUUUUAUUACAUGGACCGCCUGGCUGUGGCAAAACUAUGCUUGCAAAUGCAAUUGCUGUGGAAACGGGGGUUCCUUUUCUGAAAAUAUCUGCACCUGAGGUAGUCUCAGGGAUGUCAGGUGAAUCUGAGGCAAAGGUCCGAUCUCUAUUCGCGGAAGCUGUGAAGUUGGCACCCUGUAUUGUGUUCAUUGAUGAGAUUGAUGCAAUCACUCCUAAAAGAGAGACAGCACAACGAGAGAUGGAAAGGAGAAUAGUGGCACAGUUGCUUACUUGUAUGGAUGAACUGAGUCAGCCUUUAGCUCUGGUUGAUAUGGAUUCAAAGUCUGAGAGCAAAGCUCCAAAGCGUCCAGGCCAUGUUAUUGUAAUUGGAGCUACAAACCGGCCUGAUGCGCUGGAUCCCGCACUUCGUCGAGCCGGUCGGUUCGAUCGGGAAAUUGCUCUGGGCAUCCCAGAUGAAAAUGCCAGAGCCCGCAUCUUAUCUGUUUUAUCUGGACAGUUACGUUUAGAAGGUUCUUUUGACUUCAAGCGCAUUGCAAGACGAACUCCAGGCUUUGUGGGUGCAGACUUGGCUGCUUUGACCAAGGAAGCAGCCGCUUUAGCUGUAAAGAGAAUUUUCGCUGGCAUGGAGACCAGGGCAUUGCAAUUUUCUUCAGCAGAUUCCAAGAAUGAAUUGCAUCUACAUCUUGAAGAACAAAACACUGAUGGAUCUAGCAGUGUUAAUCAUGGCGAUAAGAAUUCAAUGUUGAAUUGUGGCAAUGUAGAAGAAGAGCCUUCAACCACUGCACUUAUCAAAGGAGAUGUUUCAAGGGUAAAAGGUCAGUUUGACGGUUCAUCUGUAAAUGGAGAAUUUACCGAUGAUGUGAGUGAAGAUGAGGAAUUAUGGCGUCGCCCCUGGACUACUGAAGCGAUGGAGAACCUUGCAAUCACUAUGCAGGACUUUGAAGAUGCUGUAGAAAAGGUUCAGCCAUCUGCUAAACGUGAAGGCUUUGCAACAAUACCAGACGUUACAUGGGAUGAUGUCGGUUCGCUAUGUGAUGUUCGUGAAGAUCUUGAAUUUUCCAUUUGUAGAGCCAUCAAGUUCCCCGAGGAGUACCAGGCACUGGGAAUGGAAAUGGCUACUGGAGUUCUUCUCUAUGGUCCACCUGGUUGCGGUAAAACUCUUGUGGCAAAAGCAAUUGCGAACGAGGCAGGGGCCAAUUUUAUUUCCGUGAAGGGGCCAGAACUACUUAACAAGUACGUUGGUGAAAGUGAGCGUGCCAUACGUCAGCUCUUUACCCGUGCUAGAGCCUCGUCUCCUUGCAUUCUAUUUUUUGAUGAGAUGGAUGCAAUGGCACCUAGACGUGGUAGUGAUGGCAAUGGCGCCGCUGAACGUGUAGUUAACCAGUUGUUGACUGAAAUGGAUGGGUUGGAGCAACGAAAAAGUAUUUUUCUUAUUGCAGCUACAAAUAGACCUGACAUGAUAGAUCCAGCUUUAUUAAGGCCUGGACGUUUGGACACACUAUUGUAUGUACCGUUGCCUGACGCUCCAGGACGUGCAUCAAUUAUGAAGACAUUGGCUCGGAAGGUACCAAUUGCUCCUGAUGUUGAUGUGGGCGCAAUUGGAGCAAGCAAUCAAUGUGAGGGCUUUAGUGGGGCUGAUCUCGCUGCAUUGGUGCGAGAAGCAUGCACUGCCACUUUAAAGGACAAGAUCAGGAGUUCAAAUGGGACUGACCAUAUGUCACAUGCAGUGGAUACCGAAUCUGAGGCUUUAUGUGUUACAUCUCGUCAUUUUGAAAUUGCCUUGACUCGAGUUUUUCCUUCCGUAUCUAACACGGAUCGCAAGAGAUACGAGGCUUUGCGACGGAAACUGCGGCGUUCCCGGGGUCAUCUUGAGAAACAAGAGGGAGAAACUGAAACGAUUGUACCAUUAGAUGAUGUAGCGGGCGGUAAAGAGAAUCUGGCGUCUUAACUGUCCAACUUUAUCAAAAGAAAUGCAUGAGAAUGUAUAGGAUUAGAGUAGUAUUAUUCUCUAUUUUUUUACUAAGAAAUGUACCAAAUUUCAUUCAAGUCGAGAAUACAGUUUUUGCACGUGAUAUUUAAUUUUCUUUGAA